CAAGUAUCCAACCAUAUAGUGUGGAUGGGAAGACAGUCAACGCAUAUUAUUUUCAUCUUAAUAAUAACAACAGAUUAUUUAUUGAUCAAAAUCAGAUCAAAUAAUAAUCUGAUUGCAUUUUUAUACUUCUCACCUUCUCUCAAAUCCCCCUUUUUCUUUGGGUAGACGAUUCCUUUUAUCAACCCUUUGUAUUAUAAAACUCUAGAAGAGUCCAUCACCUCUUCUUGAUUUGAUUUAAUAAUCUCGGGUUUUUGGAUUCAAAUUCUUGAUCUGCUCAGAAAUCACCUGGGUGGAGCUCUGAUUUUUUUUGUUUUUGUGAUUUUUCUUUGAAGCAAAACGUCGAACACCUAAUCGUUUGCAGGAAGUGGAUUCUAUGUGGUGAACAGAGAGAUAAUUGAUUUGGUGUGAUUUAAUUUAGUAUUCAAUCACAAAUUAUUCAUAGUAAAGUUGAAAGUUGAAGCUUCUUUCGGCUUGGAAUAUUGCGAAAGAACUUGUUCUAAUUCGAUUUCCUGUAAUUGGGUAUAUUUUGAUUGUUAAGUUGAAACUAUGGUUGCCCACCUAAACUCUUGAACAUCCACUUGAUACUUUCAUUUUUAGAGCAGAUUUUGGAUACUGGGUAUUUGAAAUUUGCAACUUUUAGGGGGUAAGAAACCUUGUUGAAUUUUUUGAAGGGGAUUAGUGUGAAUGAGCUUGAUGAGAUUUUCAAUGAUUUUGGUCAAUUUAGGUUAUUGUGGAUGAAUUUUGGUUUCGUAUGAUCAACGUUUAAUUGGUUAUUUUAGGCAUUUGGAAAGCUUUGAUCAUUGUUUGAUUCUAUGAUGGAUGAAAUUCAAGGUGGCUCAAAUGCUUUGCCUCCAUUUCUUGCAAAGACCUAUGAAAUGGUAGAUGAUCCCACUACUAACUCCAUUGUUUCUUGGAGUUCAAAUAGUAAGAGUUUUAUAGUGUGGAAUCCCCCUGACUUUUCAAGGGAUUUGUUGCCGAGAUUCUUCAAACACAACAAUUUCUCAAGCUUUGUUAGACAGUUAAAUACUUAUGGUUUCAAGAAAGUGGAUCCUGAACAAUGGGAGUUUGCCAAUGAUGAUUUUAUAAAAGGGAAACCACACCUUCUGAAAAACAUACACAGACGAAAACCAGUUCAUAGUCACUCCUUGAAUACUCUUCAUGGGCAGGUGAAUUCUACUCCUUUGAUUGAUUCUGAAAGGCAGAAAUAUAAAGAUGAUAUUGAGCAUCUAACACAUGAAAGAGAUAUUCUUCUCAUUGAGUUUCGAAAGCAAAGGCAGGACGAGCAGGGACUUGAGUCCCAUGCUCAGCGUUUGAGGGAUCGAUUGCAACGUAUGGAACGGAGGCAAUAUAGCUUUGCUUCGUUCUUUGCUCGGGCAUUACAGAAACCCGAGCUUGCUUUGAUCCCUCAAUUAGAAAACAAUGAUAGAAAAAGAAGGGUUUCUUCUAGGCCUGAAUUGUUUCAUGAUGAGACAAGCAAUGAGGAUAGUAGCAUGUGUACUAUUAGAACAACAAGAAGGGGUAGUCCUGAUGUUGGUUUCGUUUUAGACAUUGAUUAUGAGCUCUUAGAAAUGAUGGAAUCAUCUUUACAUUUUUGGGAAAAAGUGGUUGAGGAUCUUGAAAGCCUAAGUGUGCAGAGAAAUUCAUCUUUUGAGUUUGCUGAAUCCACUACUUGUGUACAAAGCCCUGCAAUAUCUUAUACACAGAUCAAUGCUGAUGAUCCAUCGAAGUCAUCGAGGAUUGAUAUGAAUUCCGAACCUCCUGCCACAGCUUCUGUAGUUGUUCCGGCCCCUAUUCCUCCAGAGGAGAAAGAAUCCGGAACAGCUAAAGCUGUGGCACAGGGAGCAAAUGAUGUAUUCUGGGAACAAUUUUUGACUGAAAAUCCUGGUUCAUCUGAAGUACAGGAAGUUCAGUCAGAAAGGAAAGAUACUGGAAUUAGAGAGAAAGACAGUAGACUGAUAGAUCAUGGGAGAUAUUGGUUAGGUUUCAAAACUUCAAAUAACAUUUCAGAACACAUUGGGCAGCUUACUCCAGCAGGCAGCAACUAAUAUUAUCAGAACAUUUUUGAUGUUGAUGCUUUAGAGUUGGGUGUAAAUAUAGGUAUGAUUGGUUCUCUUAUGUAUUAAUAGAAGUUAAUGUGUUUUUGCAAAACUAUAAUUUCUGAUGUCUAUGCACUUCGCUAACACCUUGUUGAGAUCUUGGCUUCUUCGGCGUAAGUUUCUUUUGAAUGAGUGUAUGGCAUUGUUAUUUGUAGUUCCAUUAACCGUUCGGUUUAAUAGAUCAUCACUUGUUACAUGUUAGCAUGCUGUUUUUGGGAAGUAAAAUGUGUUUAGACGGUCUCUUUGGUUACUGUUUUAUUCAUUGUAGAAUCGUAUUGGUGUUACUCUACAUUCUGUGAUGCACAAUCGUUCAAUUCAACGUUAUGUUCAUA